CUGAUAUCUCCAUUCACAUCUUCCUGGAUCCAAGGUAGCGGCCUCGUACUCGUCCCUCGCCUCGUCUGUGCCGCACAGGAGGACUACAGUACUGCUUGAGGAGCGCCGCCGAUGGCUGGGAACACCUCGGACCUCAACACCUCGUCCCUGGUCGCCGUUCUCCUCGUCACGUCCACUUCCUCGCGGGCGCCUCAGGUCGUCUUCCGGUAUCCACGCAAGCCGCGCCCCCUGCGUCGACUUUCCAAAGUACAAUACUAUGCUGGACAACAGGCUGAAUGGGCUGGCGAGGCUUCUCAGAGCGCAUAUGGCAGAGGAUCCACGGCCACUGACGGCUUCAGCAUAGGCGCAGACGAACAGCACAAUUGGGCCCAGUGGGAAGAGCAAGGUGAAGAUAGCGAAGCCUCCAGCUUGAGCGAUCAGGGCACCAGUAGCGACGAUGGAUCCUUUGGCUCCUCUGAUCAUGAGUCUGCUAGCGGCAGCGACUCUGACCAGCGAAGUAUCACCGAAGCAAGCGAGCUCACAGACAACGAGAGCGCAUCCGAGGCAUUGAGCACCUCUCGCACCGGGCCUGCGGCUUCUGUCGGGCGGCGCUCAAGACGGGACAUUGAUCCUUCCUCGUCACUCAGGUACUCCUCACGCAAUCCGGCCUCUUCCAGCCGGGUCUCCAGUCAACGGCGUGCGCGGAGUCCGUCUGUAGCUCGUAUGUCAUCCUCGCUCAGAGAUCCCACAGUCGAGUACUCCCCAGAGCGUCAUUCGCAGGCGGGUGAAAGCGCUGGAAGGGCCAGAAGAAGGGGUUUGACGCUCACAGCGACGGACCAACAGCAGCUUCGGGACCCUCGGAAGUCCAUCAAGGAGCAUUCGCCCAGCAGGCGAGCUCGGAAUGCAAAAGCAUUCUCUACAUAUCUUGGCUUUCCUGUAGAAGACUUGGCCGAAUUCCUCGCUCCGGAUAGGGACCUCUGCAAUCGUCGCUUUGACUUCACCGUCGAUGAUCUCACCUUCGUGGGCCAUCCUGUCCGUAUACCGUCGAAGUCUCGGAAUACCCAAAAUACCGACUCUCCUGACGACCAGGAUGAGAGGGGUAGGCAAGGAAGAAGCGCUCAGCAGUCCUCUGAUUUGGGAGCCGCAAGUGCGCCUCCGUCGGCAUCGACUGGAUCUUCAGCAACUCCCGAAGUGACACUGUUUCACCUUAUCCUCGUGCUACAAUCACCAGACCCGUCGUACGCUGCUCCGUCAUUGGAUCUCACGACAUGGCUUGGCUUCUGGUACGACAAUGUCUGCUUUAAGAUGACAGCAGCACUCUGGGCUGAAGAGCAGAGAUGUUCGUACGUCUCUGAAGAAGCCGAUGUCCUCUUCAAGCUAUGGGGGGAAGUCGAAGGUAAUUCGGGUUCCGGACCAUCCUAUGCUCUGCACCUCAAUCGGAUACUCCUGACUUCGUCCAUGGCUCGCUGCUUCCGAAAUUUAUACCGCUGCCUCUCGCGCCCAUCUCCUCAUCGAACCCCCUUUGUCACCGUCAAUGAGCUCGACGUUCAUUUGCAGCUGCCGCCUCUCCUUGUGGACCCUGCAAGAAUGGUGAAAAGCAUCAUGGAGCUGGGUCCUAGCAUCGACGCUGUCAAUGCUGAGAUGAGAGCGGAGCAAGAAGGCGGCAGAGGCGCAGGAGAGCUAGUGAGAGGUACAGGUGCCGCGCUAGAUGAGUGGACCAAGGCUAGUGGACCGCCUCUCUUCCCAUGGAAGACCCUACUCCUGCUCUCGGACCCCGAAGACGAGGACGUGCCCAAGAUCAAGAGGUAUCGCUCGCUUGGAGGCCAAGUCGUUGAGUUGUCGACUGACGAUGAGUCGUCCUUGGACGAGCUAGAGGAGGUUGGUCUGGCAGAUGCAGGAAUAGAGAUCUGGGCGAAGAGAUUCACCGCCCUCCUCAAGCCAACUGUGUCGGGUCUUCUCACCUUCAACGAACUUGCAGCGCUUCUGGGCUGGGAUCUGGAAGAGGACGUAUACCCAAUGGCGAGGCAUCUGGUCUACUACAAGCAAGCUCGGGUCAUUGACGUGCCCAUGAUACAAAAUACAUAUGGCCUCAGUCCUCUUGUCGACCUCGCAAGCAUCUCCCGCUUCUCCACAAGCUUCGCUUUGCGCUUUCCACAGCAACAACCGCUACCACGUCUCCUUGCUGCCCUUGGCUCAUCCUUUCAGCCUUUCUACAACCACUGGCUGAGCGUACACUCAGGUUCUUCGAAUGCGGCAUCGUCCAGCCAGGAGCCUCAGAAAGAUCCAACAAGGCGUCAAAACGCCUUUGAUGUUCUGAUCUGGCUCUUGCGCCACGAGAUCAUCAUCCAGCAGCACCUCCGCUUCCGCCUCAUCGCUAGUGAAGCUGUCAAGCGCAAGGCGAGGCAGAUGUGGGAAGAGCAGAGAGCGUUGCGAGAUGAGGCACUGCAUCGACGCGAGGAACUCAAGGAGUGGAGGCGAGAGAGGAGAGCACUCAAGAAGGGGCCAGACCCCAGCCGCCGUGAGGGUGAGCUGGUGCCCUUGGUACCUCAAUCAGCCCCCGGAGGCUCAGGUUUCCAGACGACCUCUGUAGGAGCGCCAAUUGAGGAAGGCGACCGAGGCAGAGCACCACGUCCGAGGUCGAGGUCUGCCGAGGCGCGAGACCGGUCAAGAGGAACCUCGAAAGACGACCCUCUGGCCUCCAAGAACGCUGCCUCUCGGGUUUCGUCAUCUUCGUCACGCUCAAGAUCGCGCAAUCCCCUGCCACUAGGUAGGAUUAGCGCACUUGGUCGACUGACUUCAGCUGCAGGAGGUUCAGGCGUGUAUACCCCGGAAGGCAGCUAUCGCCGAGGUCAGGGUGGUACUGAGACUGCUCUGGAGUUUGAGCGACGACCAGUACAGCGCUCGAGGAGUCCUAGCUCCAAUCUCCCUACAGGUCUCGAGGUGGUGACUCACGCAAAAGACAACAGCUCCGGCAGCGGAGCUGUCCUGCAACCCGUCAACAGUUUCACUCGAGAUAGGGCAGCAUCCUUUCUAGCGGAGCAACACAGGCGACGAGCACUGAGCAUGGUCAGGGGCGGGACGGCUAACUCUGUAGGAAGUGGCGAAGCAAGUCAUCAUUCAUCGCCUAGGACCGAGAGUCACCAGUUCGCCGCCUCUGGAGGUGGUGUCGGUAUAGGCCGAGGUCGACCUCGAGGCGAAUCGUCCGCCAGUGGGUCUGCCCUACCAGCUCAUAUGGCUGCCCAGCGACGCCUAUCUCGCAGCCCUUCCAGAGCGAGGAUGAGGGUGAGGGGUUUCGGCGAUCAGGAAGAGGUAUGGAUCGAUGGUGAGGAGGUCAAGGUUGAGGAUGAAGAGGAAGUCGGGCUAGUGCCUGCUGCAGAGGAAGCUCGCAGGCUGAGCAAUGUCGGUGAAGAGGAGUCAGAGGUGCAGGCGGCAGCAGCAGCAGCUCAAGCGUCUCCAUCGCUUGGUACUGACCCAGACACCCCGCAAGUUCGUGAGACGGCCGGGCUACACAACUCUGUCCAUGAGUCUGUGCGCUCUAAGCAUGCCACCUUCGAUCUUCACCCCGGUCUUUCGGAUAGAGGAGGGCGCAGAGGCACAUCCUUCUCUUCAGACGGCUCGGCUGACGACGAUGACGACUCCGACGGCGAUUCCGAUCUAUCCCAAAACCCUUACCUCAACCAGAACUUCGAAGAAGAGUUCCCCGAGCCCUCCUAUGACUUUACCCCUUCUCUAAUCUCUGUGCCAAAUCGUGCCAGUCGAGAGGAGAGUGCCUGGAUCCACGCCAUGCUCGAAGGCAAAGACGAUGUUUCUGAUGCAUUUAGGAGGCUCACACCUUACUUGGAUGGGAGACAUACGAUUGAUGAGGCGCUAGCGGAUGGAGAACUUAAUAUGCGCAGGAGAGAUUUGAGAAAUCUGUUGAAUAGGUUUGCAGAGGAGAUAUUGACGUUUGUACAUCCUUGAUGUCGAGGAAGGAGAGAGGGAGGUCAGAAGCGGGUAUGGUGAUGCGCAACCAGGCUUGUCUAUCUUGUAUCCCAUCAUGCCCCUGGAGAGUGCUGUCCAAGCUAAUACCAAUCUGAUGCCACUC